UUGCUAUCGAUAAACGAUAUUUGAUACAGAAGAUCAAAAAUGUUUCUACUUAUUUGGGAUAUUUUCUUGAUUUUUUGUCAGUUUCAAGAGAUCAAAGGUUUGCAAGCUACAAAACCGUAUUAUGCAUCGCAAAUCAGUUCUACAUGGAUGAAUUCGACGAGAAAAUGCACUCUUGGGACGCCUCAAAUAGAGUAUACUACAAAAUCCGUUAAUAUUCCACAAGAAUAUGUUACUGAAGAUUUAUGGGUAGGAUAUCAUUUAGCGAAGACAACAUUUGAGUUUCAAGGCUGUUACCACAUAGAAAAACACAAAACAUCACAUUCAUACAAUGGCAGUGUUCUAGGGCGGUGCUGUUCAGCUUGUGAACAUACAUUAUACAUCGGUAUAAGCACAGCAGGCUGUUUUUGUACUGAUACGAAACCUACAACAGAUACUCAUCUAUCAAAAUGUGAUCAACAGUGUGAUGGGCAACAUAUACCUUGUGGAAGAUAUAGCUACAUGGCAUUGUACAAAGUUACUUUGACUGGUGAUAACAUUAAUUUUGUUUUAUUUAGACAUUAUGUACUUAACAUACAGUACAUAUUACAUCAAAAUAACGUUUUAACACUAGCCUGGAAAGUCAUUGACGAUUCAUGCUUUUGUCCAUAA